AGCCUGUCAUCUAGGUUAAACUCAGUAAAAAUACAAGUUGGCACAAAUUACUCCAAAUAAAAUACGGCAAAAUGGCGGUAAACAGUGCCACGUCCUUCGUACUGUCGUCAAUAUUAACCCUUUUGAUAUUUUCUGGAAUGCAAAUGUAUAAACCACAGCUUAUACUGUCUCCUAUGACUAUAAUAUUCGGAGGCUAUCUUGGUUCAUUAAUGUUCAUGUUCUUUGUAACUGCUGUUGGUAACCUCGAGACAAUUCUGUUUGGUAAAGCAUUCCAAUUGAAAUUACCAGAAGUAGUACUAUCGAUGGGAAUAUCAUUGAUUGCUGCUGGCAUGGUCCACAGGAUCUGUUUCACCACAUGCCUCAUUUUUUGCGUGAUAACCAUUUACUACAUGAAUAAGUUAUCGCAAAAAAAGUAUGCGGUAGUUGCCCCUCAACCAGCAGCAGUGAAAAGCCGUCGACACAAAUAAAAUAAUAUUACAUUACAUUACAUCUUACGAAGCAAUAAAUGUUUUUAUAAAC